AUGGCCAACCACGGGCCGAGUUACGGUCUAAGCCGGGAACUCGAAAAGAAGAAUCAGGCUCGAUUCAGUUUGGACGAGGCAAUUGAAGUGCUGCUAUGGGUGCAAAGUGUGACUCAGAUGCCAUAUUCGUCCGACCCAACUACUUGCCGGACAGCGGCCGACGUCGCUGAACUCCUGAAGGAUGGCGUUCAUUUGUGCAAACUCAUCAAUAGACUUCUGGACAACGGAAGCCGAGUUCCAUUCAAUCCUAAACCAAAGAUGCCAUUCCAUAAGAUGGAAAACAUCUCCAAUUUCCUCGAGGCCUGUAAGGCAUACGGUGUUGCUGAAAUCAGCUGCUUUCAAACUGUGGAUUUGUACGAGAACAAGCAAUGCUAUAAAGUUAUCGAAUGUCUCAGAUCAUUGGCUGCUGUGGCUCAAGCUCGCGGAGCUGACGUCGAUUUUCCACCGUGGGUAGUACGAUUGUCGCAUAGCCGUCCACGACAGUUCCCGGAAUCUGUGAUGCGGCGUGGUGAAAUGGUCAUACCCCUUCAGUAUGGGACGAAUAAGUGCGCCAGUCAGAAAGGGAUGACACCAUAUGGAUUAGCACGUCAGAUAAAACCUGAUCCAUCGGGAUAA